GUCAAAUCUAACAUACAAUUGGCUUUUGUAUUCAUUGACGUGUCAAAUAUCUACAUUCAAGGAAGUAAAGAUGUUGCAAAAAAGGAAAACGUUUACAAAAAUCAAGUUAAUGUUGAUUUGAGAUUAGUUCUAGAUGGUCGAUUAGGCCAUGAUUCUGUUAUUAUUGGAUCAUGUGACAAUCCACCUUGGGAUGAGCUAAAAACAAAGGGAUUUAACACAAGUAAAUUGGAAUCAAGUGAAUAUAAAGAAAAAGAAGUUGACGCUAACAUUGUGGCUCACAUCGCUGAAAUAUUAUACACCGAAAGAAGACCUGGAACGAUUAUUUUACUUGCUGGGGAUGGUGACUAUCGACCAAUUCUAUGA